AUGGGUGAAAACAAAACCGGUAAAAAAAAUGGUAAAAUUUUAAGCGGCCGCGAAAUUUUUCGAGUGAUCGAUGUGUGGAGCGAAAAUGUAGCGGCUUUGCGAGGUACCUGCAAAAAUUCUCACAUUUAUGCAAAAAUGUGCGAAGAACUCCAGGUUUAUGACAUUCACUUGUCGCCAAACGAAUUGCGCACCAGAAUCCACAAUUUGUCCAGAAAAUACAGAUCUGAAAAGAACAAAAUGGGAACGUCUGGAGGAUCGCGAUCCACAUGGACCUAUUUCGAAACGAUCAAUGCUUUCUUGCGAUCUUACAAAUCAAAUAAUAUGGUCGACAUGAUGGACGAGAGUAUAAUUUCAGAGUCGGAAACAGGGUCGAAAGAACCAGUAUGCAUAGACGACCUGGAAUGCAAGGGCACGGAAGAAAGUGAGUUGUUUGACGAAUCGUCCGAAUACUGCGUGAUAUACACCCAAGUAUCCGAACCAGCAUCGCCACAGUCACCAUUACAGGAGUUUUCCAACAAAGAAUCAGCUUCAUCUCCAAAACUAUCCUCAUCUGCGGGACCGUAUGGACUACCAUCUGCUCCAUCAACAUCGAGAUCCUCCAAGAAACCAUCUGAGCGAACAAAGUUCGUUCCAGCUAAAUCCGGUAGAAAAAAAACAUCCAAGAAAGGUUGUUAG